AUGUCUGAAAGUGAUAUAAGACCACCACCGCCACCCUUGCUAAGACAAUGCAUUUUAGAAGAUUUUAAGGAACCAGUUGUUUUCCAAGGAUUACUGUCCAAUUGGAAGUUCUUAUCAUGGGAUUUACAAGAAUGGGCAAGAGUGUUAGGUGACAAAUUAAUGCCUUUCAGAUCGGGAGUUCCUCAAUGGGAAAGAAGUUGUCAAACAACACAUUUAACUAUGAAAGAGUUUUUGGAAUUAGCAGAACCCAAAGAAAUAAGUUCGGGCAAAAACACUAGUAAUUGGUUCUAUUUCGAUUAUAAGUACAUGCAUCAAUGGUUCAAAGAAAAUCCUGACAUACUUCAGGCUGUUUGUUGGGAAGAUUUUGGGUUUCCUGAACAGCGCGGCGAGCAGUCAACAGUGUGGAUUGGAAGUGAUGGUGCUCAUACACCAUGUCAUUUUGAUACAUAUGGAUGUAACUUGGUAGCUCAAGUGUAUGGAAUGAAACAAUGGAUAUUAUUCCCUCCGAAAGCUUCUGCUUCAUUGUUGCCUACCAGAGUGCCUUAUGAAGAAUCAAGUGUGUAUAGUAAACAUAAUUUCUACAGUCCAGACCCUCAUAUUGCCAAUGGUCUUCACAAAGCUUGGAUUAUUACUCUCAAACCCGGGGAAGUUCUGUUUGUUCCUCAUCACUGGUGGCAUUACGUGGAAAAUAUUGGAACAGCAAUAAGCAUAAACACUUGGCUGCCUUUGCCAAGUGACUGUGAGAGUAGACUUGAGGAAUGCUUAGUGAAAUUGCUUGUGUCUCAAUUAUCCAGAGAAGUACCUGAUACUGAGAUGAUAUUUAAUCCUAAUGAGGAUGAUGCAAGUGGUUGCUCACUUCAGGAAAAUAUUACUCUUUUGGAGACAUGUAUGCAACAAUUCUUUGAGCAGCAGUUGGAUAGAGAACAAUUACAUACAGAAGGAGAAACUCCAGAACCAAAGAGAAUGAAAACUGUACCAUGUGACUCAAAUGAUGUCUGGGAUCGAAGAACUUCAAUAUCUCAUUAUGAGACCUUCAUUCAGAAUGUGCCUACAUAUUCAGGGGACCAGUUGCAAAAUUUUCUUGCCACCAAGAGAGCUAAUUUCAAAUCAUUCUCAUCCAACAAUCCAGAACUGUCAUCUGUUACAUUUACAGUUGAAAAAGUUAUCAAUGCUCUUUGCCACCCUGAUGUUAUAUCUGUAGCAAAGACAAAGCUUUGUCAAGAAUUUUGUGGAAAUAACUUGUGAUUAAAUACAUUUAAUUUCACCUGUGAAUUGGGUUUUUAUUCAUCCACCGGUUUGUACUUAACAUGGUUUGCCAUUCUUUUUCUAAUGAAAAAUUAGAAACUGAUAAGUCAUUUGCCAUGUUAUUUAAAAUUAUGAUUUUGAGAUACAUGCCUUGGAACUUUGUCUUUUGUUCUACUGAGGCCAGAGAAGAUCUGGGUGUUGUGUUCAUGUGUGUGAGAGACCUCUCCUCCCCACGUUGAACAUGAACUUUCACUGAAAAUGGAUUUAUUUUCAAACAUUAAAUCAGUAAACAUUGUUUAAAUAUUGGGCCAUGACUGUCAUGAGG